AUAAACCAGCCAACAACACUUUUCAACUAGGGGGUUAAACGCUGAAAAUGACUUACAUUUUGGAGCGAAAUUAAAAUAAAAUUUGUAUUUUUGUAAUAUUAAUAAACUCUCUGUGUAAUUUUAUUUCCAAUGAGAUUUGAUGUGUAAACUUGCUAUCGGUUGCCCUCAGGAGAGAGUGGAGCGGCUAGUCGCUAGCAAACAGACCUUCGACCAAGAAGGGUGACACAACUCAACUUCACUACACACACACACACACACACAUACACACACACACUGCUUCGUCUCGUCUAUCAUCCGUCAGGUCAUGUGGAGGAAGGCUGUGCUGGUGGCCCUGUUGGCGUUGGGGAUGGGUUAUCUGUACCACACUGACCCGGAGCUACCGGCCCGUGUGCUGAACUGCAUCAGCCAAUCGCUGCCUCAGAUGGAGCUGAGUGACAGCUCAGAGCCCCGCCCCCCUGCGCUGGAGGAGGCCAUCGCUCGCGCCUGGCAGACCCUGAUCACGACUCCGGCCAAACGCUGGGGGAGAGUGGCUGUGGGGGUGAACGCCUGUGUGGAUGUGGUGGUGUCCGGAGUGGGGCUGUUACAGGCCUUGGCUCUCGAACCGGGUCCCGGCAGAGACCACGAGGUGCUACACAGCAAAGAGGACCUGAAAGAGGCCUUCAUCCACUACAUGGGGAAGGGCGCCGCUGCAGAGCGUUUCUUCUCAGAUAAGGAGGUUUUUCGAAGGAUCGCACGGGCGGCUGCCGAAUAUCCCGGCGCUCAGCUUUAUGUGGGCGGUAACGCUGCUUUGAUUGGCCAGAAACUAGCGUCUAACCCACAACUCGAGGUCCUCUUGUGUGGUCCGGUGGGGCCGAAGCUUCAUGACAUGCUGGAUGAGCAGAUCGUGGUCCCGCCAGAGUCUCUGCAGGAGGCCGAUGAGUUCCACCUGAUCCUGGAGUACAAGUCGGGUGAACAGUGGGGUUCCUCGAAAGCUCCUCAGGCGAACCGCUUCAUCCUGUCCCACGAUGUGUCCAAUGGGGAGAUGAGCACGCUGGAGACGUUCGUGGCCAGUUUGGACGAGUUCCAGCCGGAUCUGGUGGUUCUGUCCGGACUGCAUAUGAUGGAAGGAAUGGGCCGAGAUCUCUGGGAGGAACGACUGAAAGAGGCGGUGGUUGCGAUCUCAGACGUGAGGAACGAGGUGCCCAUCCACCUUGAGCUGGCCAGCAUGACGGACAGAGACUACAUGAACCGGAUCCUGCAGGAGCAGGUCAUUCCUAUCGUGAACUCCAUCGGCCUGAACGAGCAGGAGCUGCUGUUUUUGACUCAGUCUGGAGGAGGACCUCACGCCGACCUCGCUUCGUGGGACGGCAUACCCGACGUGGGCCGCGUCAGCGACAUCUUGCUCUGGAUCUUCGAGCAACACGGCCGGGCGGACCCAGAAUCUGAGGCCGACCUGACCCGGAUCCACUUCCACACCCUGGCGUACCACAUUCUGGCUACGGUGGAGGGUCACUGGGGGAACCAGGAGGCGGCGGUGGCUUCAGGCGCUCGUGUGGCGAGCAGUCAAGCCUGCGGUCUGCAAACCGUGGAUAUCGAUAAAGUCAUCCUCAAGGCGCCUUUGAGCUUCUACAGCUCCUUCUCAGAACCGAGAGAGAGGCUAACGCUGGACCCGACGAGACCGGUCACCGUGUGGCGCAGAGGGAACGUGUCUUUCCAUCUCACGCCGGUGCUAGUGUGCAAGCAGCCGCUGAGGACUGUGGGACUGGGGGACGCCAUCUCAGCCGAGGGACUUCUGUUUUCAGAGUUCACACACCCAUCUUUUUGAAGAAACAUCCUCUUCUCAAAAGACUCGCAAAAGAGGAUGUUUGUGUGUUGAAAUGCAGUUUGAGUGCACUCUCCUCUUUCCAGAGAUUCGUUGUUGCUACCUUUGUCUGAAAUCGUAUUGUUAAAGACAGCACUGAACGUAAUAACAACGCCAUUUUUUUUUUUUUUUACUCAAAAAUAAAGUUGGCAUCAUUCACUCACCCUCACCCAGAGCGAAAUUAUUUUCAUUUGCGUUAGUCACAUGGGUUUUGAGCAACAUGAGGGUGAGUAAAUGAUGAAAGAACUUGCUUCUUUAACGUUUAACUAGCUCAUACUCUGUUUAACAGGAACCAAAUUAUGAUUUUAGAGUCUUAAACACUUUUAUUUGGUAUUUUAAGGACCGUUAAUUAAUAUCAUGACUUGAAUGCUGCCGAUUCACAGUUGGAAAGUUGUCUUAUCCUAAUGAAAUUAAGUAGGAGCAAUGUUCCCAGGUUCAAUCACCAGCUUAUUCUAGCCAUUAUUAAUGCACAUAAUGUCAUUAAAUAUUUCAUUAUUCUUGUCUUAAUUGAAUCUCAUUGUUCUUAAGGGUGGGAAUAUAACUAGGGUUUUUUUGUACGUUGGUACCAGCAUCGUUUGUAUAUAAUAAGAGAAUUGGUAAAUAUUGUUCAUUCAGUCUGGUUAUCAGUUUUUUAGCCAUUGAUUUCUGGUGAAUUAAGGUGGCGUUAAUGACUGUUGUGAAUUAUGAUGCUUCCUAUCACACAUAAUGAAUAUGUACAUACAAAUGAUGUCAUUAGUUUUAAAGCUGAUCAUGUCAGCCAUGUUGUACCAUCCACACACAUGUGACUUUUUAAUUUUUUUUCUAAUUAAUCUCAGUAUGUGAAUGAUCGUCGGUCUUAAAUCAGCCUUAAACUUUGACAAACCUGUCUGAGGCGUUUUAACAAAAGCUUUAGAAAUAUUCAGCAGUGUUGUAAAGCAAUUCUGAGGUUUAUGAACGGUUUACACACAAGUCUAUUUGUGUUGUUUCUUGAAUAAGGCCUUGGCAAGACGUUCAGAUCAGCAGCUGAAGAAAAGCCUCGGCUCGUGUGCGUACUGUAUUUCUGUUACACUCCAUGUUGUUGACGCUGUUAGUUUCUCAAACCAACACGAAUCUUGACCGUAUCCAUCAAUGUAUUUAGAUUUGACAUCCAUGUUUGUAUGAUUUGUCACUGGCAAUAUCAUAAAUUGAGAUGUUUUGGGGUUUUACUUUUUUUUUUUUUUUUUCAAACACAGCAAAUGUUGAGUCUUGGUGUGAGGAACUCUCAAAGUACAUAUUCAUACAACUUUUAGGUAUAUAAAACAUUUUAGGGUUCUAGUUUGCACAUGUGAUUAUGCAACAAAGUCUUUUAAGAGUUACUUGGCAAAAUGUCAAUCAUAAAUGUUAAGACUAGAAAUAUUAGCUCUGUUGAGUAUGGAAUAUUUUUAUAUAAAUAAAACACUUCUGAUCCA